AACCAGACCAUACCGAAUCGUUACUUCAGGAUUAAGAUCGGUACGAUGUAACAUAUCAUACCGAACUGAAAUAUUUGGUACGCCGUCGGUGCGAACCAAAUAUCGUACCACGCUUACCCCUAUUUAAAAGUGAAUUGUUUUGGGAUGCACACGAAAGGAAAUAUGAAAUAUUAUUAAGCCGCGUCAAGGUUUCUUCUCUCCCUCUUUGCCGGCCGAUGCUGGUGGAUGGGGUUGCUCAGGAGCAGUGGCUAGUUCGUUGGUCCGAUGGCACCGAUACUGAUGCUACGUGGGAACCGGCAUCAGUUCUCCAACAACACUAUCCCGAUCUUCGCCUUGAGGACAAGGCGAUUUCCGUGGGCGGGGGAGUGGAUACCGUACAUGAGGAGGAUAGGGAACCAAGUGGUGACCCAGCAACCGUGCCGGUGGGCGUUGCGCAGUUAGCAAGGCAAGAAGUACUAAAGGGGAAGACUCGAGUUCGAUUUCUAGCAACUGCGCUGGGCGCAACUAUGCUAAGCAUAAGGCUUAGCAUCUACAAGUACUAAGUGAAGGCUUCACUCUUUGCUACCAAUCUGUAAUCAAAAUCUAAUUUAUCUCUUUUCAAUGACCAUCAUGUAGAAUCUGAGGGAACCCUCGAGAAUGGAGAUCAUCUUUUUUAUUGUUGAUGUGAAGGUGCCAGCAACAUAGCCUGAGUCAUCAUCUUCUCCUUUCUUGUCAAAGAAAUGGUGGGGGCACUU